AUGAUAAAAUUGCGAGAUGGUGAUUCAAAACUUAGUUAAUAAUUAUUGUUUUUAUGUACUUUCUUAAUUCUUUUUGUUUAGUAAAUGUGUACAUUGUUGUAAUAAUUUAGAAUUCUAUAUACUACUGAUUAUUUAAUGAAUAGUAAUAAUAAUUAAUAUUCGGUUAAAAUUAUAAUUAUUUUCUUUUUAAAUUUAUGUUAAUGAAUUAAGUGUAUUCACAUGCGUAACGAUUUGCUUAGAGUAUCAGAUGAAAGUGACUUUCCGUGUAGGUAUUUUUUGUGAAAAACUCUAUAAUAAUCAACGAAUAUGUGCACGGAGCCAGUGAGAUUAUUUUUUAGCCAGUGGCGACUUUGGAUCAGGCCUUUCUUUAUUGCGACAUAUAUAUUAUUGGUAAUUGUAUUAGUGCCAACACUAAUUGUACAUGCAAUAGAAAAUGGAUUUACAAAAUCUGAUCAGGGAACAUUGGUUGCUGGGGGCUUCGUACUCUUGGCUAUGCCAAUAUCAAUUUGGCAAAUAACACAACACAUAGUACACUACACUAAACCAUCAUUACAAAAACAUAUUAUUCGAAUAUUAUGGAUGGUACCAAUUUAUGCCUUAAAUGCUUGGCUUGGCUUAGAAUUUCCUGAGCAGUCUAUAUAUAUGGACUCCUUAAGAGAGUGUUAUGAAGCAUAUGUUAUAUAUAAUUUCAUGAAGUAUUUACUUAAUUACCUCAAUGAUGAUAAUGAUUUUGAAGCAUCAUUAGAGUUAAAGCCUCAAGUGUAUCAUAUAUUCCCUUUGUGUUGUUUGGCUCCUUGGGAAAUGGGAAGUGAAUUUAUUCAUAACUGCAAGCACGGGAUUUUGCAGUACACACUUGUGAGGCCUCUGACAACAGUCAUCUCAAUGAUAUGUGAACUUUGUGGUGUCUAUGGAGAAAGUGACUUCAGUGCAAAUGUUGCUUUCCCUUACAUGAUAGCAUUUAAUAACUUGUCACAAUUUGUGGCUAUGUAUUGUUUAGUAUUAUUUUACAGAGCAAAUAGGACAGAGUUAAAACCGAUGAAGCCUAUUGGAAAAUUUCUAUGCAUCAAAGCUGUAGUUUUCUUCUCAUUCUUCCAAGGCGUUAUUAUAAAUAUUUUGGUAUACUGUGGUGUGAUAUCAACAAUAUUUGAUAUUUCUGAUAAGGACAAGAUAAAGAUUAUGUCUUCCAAACUACAGGACUUCCUGAUUUGCAUAGAAAUGUUCAUAGCAGCGAUAGCCCAUCACUACAGUUUCUCGUACAAGCCUUAUGUAUCGCCACUCGAUCCAUCCCCAUCAUGUUUGGGCUCGUUCCUCGCGAUGUGGGAUGUAUCAGAUGUCAAACGGGACAUUUCUGAGCAUCUUGGAGUUGUGGGAAGCUCAUUUAGCAGACGAUUACGAGGUAAAUCAAUGUAUCACAUGACCAAAGGUUAUGAUGAGAGCUCGAGGCUUGUCAGCGAACAAGUUCCAUCCAGCUCUGUGCCAGAUUUGACAGUUGAAGCCACAGAACCACCGUCGGUGGACAUACGGCCUUCUGUAUAUGGAUCUCUCGAUAACACUGUGGCAACGGGUUCAAUGAACUCUGAAACCGACCCCUUACUUGAUAUGUCCGAAGACAAAUUUGACCCGAGAGCGUAAUUUACGAACUAAUACGAAUAUUAGCGAAUGCAAUUUGAAAAACCUUACGCCUAUUUUUUUAAUAUUAAAUAAAAUUUAUAAAAUAACGGAAUGAUGGGUAUGCCAUGUCCACUUUUGUGUGUCACUUUGCUAGAAGUCUAAUGUCUACAUAGUUUGGGGGAUUCCAAUAGUAAAAAUAAUAGAGGAGUGCGGUAUGUAUGUUCAUAAUAUACUAUUAGAGUUAUUAAGAUCAGUCACAGUUUGAAUAAAUUAAUAAUCUGAAAAUAUCAAAUAUCUAGCCAAGUUACAAUACCAAUUAAAAUAUUGUGUUAGAGACCCCAAUCCAACUCCCAGAGUUUAUAUUGAAACUAUUUUCAUCAAUUUGUUAAAAGUUGUAUUUUUCAAUGCAAUUUAUAUAUCACUUUUGUAUGGCUAUGGCGGUGUAACAGCAUUUAUAAUUGAACCCAGAAAUGUGAAUUAGUAUUAAAAUAUAACAUUAUGAAAAAUAGUUUUGAAACUACAUACCUACUAUAUAUUGAUCAGUUGAGUAUUGUCUUUUUUAACAUUUACAUUUCGAUUUAAUACUCUAUAUAAGGUGUUUCAAUAAUCGUAAAUUUUCAAUUAAAUGAUGGACUGUCAUCCUGACAGUUCAUCAAUUACAGAUGUCAUAUAAACUUUUGUUUCGUUUUUAUCUGCUCUAAUUUACGAAACGAAUUUUAAGUAAACUGCAUACAACGGAUAUGCACUAAUCUAACCAAGUGUAUUUAGCAUAAAUUUCGAGAAAGUCCUUCAUAUUUUUGGCUGGUUUUAUGAAUUACAAAAUUAAUAUGACAAUUUAUGAAUUUAAAUAUAUAUUUAAGUAUUAUUGAUGUUGCAUUCCAAAGGCUAGAGCAAGUAUUUCUUCCUUACUGUACUUAAAGUGUGUUACGUGCAAUAACAUUUUUAUUACUAUGCUAUUACAAUAGGUACUAUUGAAGCGUAAAGUUUAAUAUGACUUUAAAAUUUUCCAAAAUAGAAUGUGUUUAACACAAAAAAUGCUUUCUGAUAAAAUUAAUAUUUUUUGGAAAAUUAGCUUAACUUGAAAGAAUUUUUGAUUUAUUAGAAAUUCAUGCGUUUGUUAUUGGAAGAUAUAUAUGUCGCAGCCAACUAGUUUAGCCGUUCAAUUAACAGCCUAGCCUUUUAACUAAACUGCGCCGUUUAACUAGCGGCCUGAAAUAUAUUCAGUCGUAGCGUUUGUUACAACAUUUAAUAAACUGUCUGGAUAAUACUAAGGCCAUUAGAUAGAACCAUCAUUUUGCAGAAAUAAAAAAGAUGAAACAUAUGACAAAAAAUAUUUCUUUCAAAAUAAAAUUGCUUAAGUCAAAUUCACAUUAUUAUUGUCACCACACUCUUCCAUUGUACUUGUUUUUUUUUCAUGAUUGUGGCAUAAUUAAAUUAACAGUAAACAGGCUAGGCAAAUAAUUAAACGUCAUCGAUCCAAGUAAUUUGCGUAGCUGUUUGAUGAACUGCCUGAACAUGUUUUAGGCCGCUAGUUAAACGUCGCCGUUUAGUUGAAAGGUUAGGCUGUUAAUAAUUCUAGUUGGCUGCGACAUACAUAGGCAUUUCAAUAAUAUUGUUAAUACAUUU